AUGGAGAAACGAGAAGAAACAACUGAAGAAAUCCAAAGAAAAAGAAGAAGACAAAUUUUACUAUCUUUUCCUCUCGAUCUAACCUCAGAGAUACUCUCAAAGCUGCCUGCGAAAUAUGUCUUGAGGUUUAGUUGUGUUUCCAAGCUCUGGUCAUCAAUCACCACCGAUCCAUAUUUCAACAAAUCGUUCCAAACUCAGUCCUCAACACGUCCAAGUCUUUUAGUCUGCUUCAGAAGAGGAGCCACGUUGUUUGUCUUCUCAAUUCCGCAACAUCAUCAGAAAGAGCCUCAUUCUUCUUCUCGGCAUGUGGAUAUUUAUCACACGGCGUUCCCGAAAAACUGUUGCUUCUCCUUCACGGAAUCUGUCAACGGCUUGAUCUGCUUUCGAAAUCGAAAACUAGCAAAACCCGUGAUUUGGAACCCUACCAUGAGAAAGUUCUCAACCUUACCCAAACCAGAAAAGACGUGGAAGGAUAUAACAGUCUUUCCAGGAUACGAUCCUAUCAAGGGCAAACACAAACUAGUGUGUAUGCCUCGUAAGAAAACCUGCGACGAGAUUAGGGUUUUAACAUUGGGAUCAGCUAAAGAAUCAUGGAGAAGUAUCAAAACCAACCAUAAACAUUGUCCUUUAACUAGCCGUCACGGCCGAUGCAUCAACGGUGUUCUGUAUUAUGAAGCCUCCUUGCCUGAGCAUACAGAUAUUCCCAUUGUAAUGAGUUUUGAUGUCAAAUCUGAAAAGUUCAGUAUGAUACAGUUACCGUCGAACUUGGACAUCAUUGUUGGGGCUAAGCUGAUACCUUAUAAGGGGAGGUUAGCUUAUGUUCGGCAAAUAAAUAAUAGUAUUAAAUUGUGGGUUUUGGAGGAUGCAGAGAAACACGAGUGGUCGUUUAAACACUUUGCAGUUUGUACCUAUUAUGAUUGGAGAAAAUAUGUAUUUUCUGAACUAGCUGGUACAACUAGCUGGUACGACUGA